AUGACAAUCUUGUACACCUGUUGUAACAACAUAAGCGACGACGACGAGACGACGACGACGACGACGACGACGGACGAAGAAGAAGAAGAAGAAGAAGAAGAAGAAGAAGAAGAAGAAGAAGAAGAAGAAGAAGAAGAAGAAGAAGUUUUGGAUAAAAAUGAGACAAUGGCGACCCCGCAGGAAAAGAAUAAGAGGUUACGAGGGCCCUGGUGUUGUGAUCGUAUAUCUGCCAAGGCUUGGGAAAAGGGAGGAGAGGAAGAGAAGAAGGUCUUGGAGGAGGAGGAGGAGGAGGAAGAGGAGGAGGAGGCUUCCAUCCAGCACUUACGGCCAUCCGCGCCGCUAGGGACAUCUCUCUGA